AUGGCUGAACACUGUAUUAGUUUUAAUCCAAGUGUAUUUAAGCCGAAUAUAUGUCGUGACUGUUUUCAAGACGAACAACACCAUCAAAAUACUGUAAUUUCAAAUGAACAUAGAUCAUCUGCUGUUCAAACAUCUACCUGUCAUGAAACAACUAAUAACAAUGAUCAAUACAAUCAGAAUAAAACAGCUACAAAUUUUAAACAAAGAUCAGUUCAACCAUCAUCCCAAACAACUAUGCUUUCUCAAUGUCAAUACGGCAUUUCAUGUUCUAUAAGAGAUAGUAACCAUUUUGAGCAGUUUUUGCAUUCACCCAUUCACGAAAGAGAUCAUACUUCAAAUACAAGUCCUUCUCCAAUGAAUAGCAAUAAUAAAGCUGCUCAACAUAGCACAAAUGAGCAGAACAUGAUACCUUCAAGUGACAUAUUAUCUACGAAGACACUUCCACAAUGUAAAUAUGGUUUAUCAUGUUAUAGUACACAUCCUAGUCAUUUUGAGCUUUAUUCACAUCCAUCUGAUCGUAAAAGUCAAGAAAAAUCCUCGAAGUUUGAUGACGUUAGCACCCCUGUCAUUAGCAAUGAUAGUCCUUCUUCAAUGACACCUACGUCUAGUCCUGCUAAUCAAUGCAAGCUCAAACUAAAAAGAAAACGUGAAGAACGGAAGAAAUCUGAACUUCAUUUCAUCGAAUUGAUACAAAAUAAAAUAGAAAACUUGACCGUUCAGUUACAAUUGAAAGAGGAAGAAGUUACAAAAUUGAGUCAAGAUCUAACAAAAUUGGUUACAUAUAAUCAACAAUUAGAAAUGACACUUGAAGAAGAAAUAGAUCAUCGUGAACGACGUGAGUUAGAACGAAAGCAAAUUUUGGCUAUUCCAAGACAGACACCGAUGUAUUGGGGUCUGAAUGCAUUUGAAGAAUCUUAUCGUGAAAUCGAAUUAUCGAGUCAAUCACCUGAAUUUAAUAUUAUCAAACAACUGUUGAAUUCAACAAUAUCAAAACAUGACAAUCAACACGGAACGGUUAAUAAUCGAGAUCCAACGAAAUUUUUAAUAAACAGAAUAGUACGAAUACAUAAUAAUGAAUUAUGGCAUCUUUAUUGCUUCAAAAAGGACAUAAUCAUUCGUCAAAAUAAUGAUAGACUGGCUGAUUGUGGUAGUUCAAUUUACUUGGAAACUUGUCCAGUACUGACACCUCUAUUAGACACACGAACAAAUGAAUAUUGGCUUUUUCACGGAUGUAGCCAAAAUAAUUUAUAUCAUUUGUUACAUAAUGGUUAUGAUCCCCGUGUUUCCAAUUUGAAGGGUAGGUUUGGAGGUGGUUUUUAUUUGGCUGAGAAUUCCUCAAAAUCAAAUCGAUAUAUUCCUUGCCCUGGAUGUGGUCAAAAUUUUAUAGGUAGUAUUUUGGGAUGUCGUUGUAUCAAUCAAGAAGAUCUCGAGUUUUCAAUGAUUCUCUAUCGUGCUGCGUUGGGCGAUGUGCAUGUAGCAUUGAAAUAUGAUAGAGAAAAAUACAGUCAUGGUCCAAAUGGGCAAUGUAUUCGUCGUCCACCGAAGAAAGCACACAGUAAAGAAUUGUAUGAUUCAGUAAUGGGUGAAAGUAUGAAAUAUGGUGGUGAUCGAUUGAAACAUCGUGAAUUUAUUCUCUAUGAUGCCGGUCAAGCUUAUCCUGAAUAUGUUAUUUAUUUUCGUCGUUCAGCAAAAAAUCCACUUCAACCAAGUAACAUAGAAGAUUUGAAAAAGAAAUGUCAGCAUUUCUUAGUUAAUACAUUUCGAUUAAGUCCAUAA